AAAGCCUAACUUGACACGGAUCUACAUUCCAACUGGACAUGGAAUGAAACAUGAAAACGUGAGAACAUGAAAAAAUCGCUUUUUCUCUCUAAAACCGGUUGCGCUUCUAGCAAAGCGAAGGGCGCCGACUCUGCAGGUGUCACGGUCCGGCAGCGACAAAGAGGAGUUACGGGCAGCCACUGGGAGGUUUGAUAGCUGCACUGGAUCACUGAUUGAUGUUCCCUCUGAAUUAUAACACUGAAAACAAUGGCAACAGAAUGUAUAAAAGCCUGCUGUAAAUUGUGUUUCUGCAUGGACAAGGAAAAAAAUGAUCCAGUUUCCAUGGUGCAGGAAUCUGAAGCAGUAGCUGCAAGCAAGCCAGCUAUUGUAGAGCAGCCUCCAUUGUCUUCUGUGUCAGUGAAGCGUCAAGUUGGCUGUUCUGAGGAUUAUUUGCUUUCUAAACUGCCCCUGGAUGGUCAGGAGGUCCCAUUUGUGGUCCCUCCAUUCAAACUGGCUUAUGUACAGCCAAAGAACCUUCCUGGUAUCUCACAUGCUGGAGGGAUUAAAGAGUCAGCCAGAGGCUCGUUUGGCGAGCGGAAGGCAGAGCUGCAGGCUGUGUUCCAGUGGCCCCGCUAUGACGUGUACAACCCCUUCUACCUGGAGCACCGCGUCUCGCCAGACCUCAGCAGGCGCUUCCAGGCAAAGCCAGACAGCAGGAAAUUGUAUGGAUCAGUCAGUGAUUUAAGAGCCAGUGCUUUGCCUGGGCCCCCUGAUGUGAGUCGCUCGAUGUUCGAUCUCAGGAGCCCACCCCACCGAUUCAUGAAGAGAUAUGAUUCAGUCUCCAGUGUACCUAGCAGUACCUCUUCCAGGAAGGAUUCACAAGGCAGUAACAGGAGUCUGGAUACUAUUACAUUAUCAAGUGAUGAACGAGACUUUGGAAGACUGAAUGUGAAGUUGUGUUACAUUUCUUCUGUUGAACAGAUUUGGAUCACAGUUUUACAUUGCAAAGACCUCAGCUGGCCUUCUAGCUGUGGGGAAAAUCCUCGUAUCUGUGUCAAGGGAAUUCUCACACUGCCCAAGCCAGUGCACUUCAAAUCUUCUGCCAAGGAGGGCUGCAAUGACAUUGAAUUUAUGGAAACUUUUGUUUUUGCUAUUAAACUGCAAAGCCUGCAGGCUGUCAGAUUGGUAUUUAAAAUCCAGACACAGACUCCCAGGAAAAAAACUAUUGGAGAAUGUUCCUUGGCACUGCGGGAGCUGAGCUCACAGGAGUCGAAUCAUUGGCUGGAUAUAUCUCCUCCUUCCAAAGCACCUGUGUGCCGUGCAGAACUUCAAAUAGGAACUUGUUUUCAAGCAAUAAACAGGAGGAUACAGUUACAGAUUCUUGAAGCACAAAACCUUCCUGUUUCAUCUACACCACUGUCUUCACAUUUCUUUGUGAAAGUUGGAAUGUUUACUACAGAAGGGAUCAUCUAUAAAAAGAAGACUCGCCUUCUGAAGUCCACUAAUGGCCAAGUGAAGUGGGGAGAAAUGAUGGUUUUUCCAGUUAGCCAAGCAGAACAAGGAAUUAGCUUUCUCAUCAAGCUCUACAGCAAAAGCUCAGUGAGAAGAAAACACUUCCUAGGACAGAUCUGGUUAAGUUCUGAUAGCAGCAACAGUGAAGCAGUAGAGCAGUGGAAAGAUACCAUUGCAAACCCUGAAAAAGUUGUUGUUAAAUGGUACAGCAUUGGUCCAUCUUGAAGACUGGAGAUGAAAUUCAGAACUAAUUUUUCUACAGAAAUUAAUAUGCUGUCUAAAAUAGUACAAAUUAAAAGAAAGAUAUUGUCUAUGCAAGUCCUUCAGAAGUUCUCCACUGCAUCAUGCCUCUGUGGAAACAGGGAAAAUUCAGUUUCACCAAGAGAAAUAUUGGCCAAGUACUAUUAAAAAGAAGACUUUGGAACUGGAAAGAGUGCCCAUUUGAUUUCACAAAAUUCAUCUUGAAAGAAAGAUGUUUGCCCCUUUUGGACUGCAUUAAAGCACAGACACUCAGUUUUGGAGAGAAGCAGCUUGAAUCAACUCUGUUUCACUAGCCACUGACAUCAUGCUCAUCUGCAGUGCUGUCUUUGGCAGACUCCAAAGUCCAGGUCAUGGGUCGUGUCAGUGGCUUGAUUCUGGGUACCUGUGAGCCUCUGGGGUUGUUGACACCAUUUGAUCAGAAUAACAUGUGCACAGAAUAAUCAGAUUAAUCUGAGCACAGAGCUGGGCCAUCUGGGAAGUCCAUGGCGUAAAUAUAGAGACAGGAACAAUGGAGUCGCCUCGAAACAAAGAACCUUUAAUGUUAAAAUAGCAAAGGUAAAAAUCACAUGGUACAAGGGGGAACCUCCAAAAACCUCAAAACCCAGAAAGCACAGAGGUGUAUAGAUGGGGUGGAGGGCACAGGAUCCAACCAGUAACAAGGAUAAGGAACAGAACCAUAGAUGUACCUGGCCACCAGCCAACCAUAUAUCAGCAUCAAGAACAACACCUUAUUUGUAACAAACUGGUUAAUGCAUUCAUUCCCACGAGACAACUCUUCUUUCUCUUCUCCCACCACGAUGUCAAAGGAUGUCCUUCUUCCUAGUUAGCUGUCUCCCAGGGCUUUAAGCUGAAGCUCUCUGCAUCUGCAAGUGAAGCCAGCUCCCUGUCCACCCCAAUUUCCACAGGGAAGCUGUGGCAGCAGGAGAAGGCAUAAAAGGAAGUACACAACAAGGCAGUACCCACAGGCUUAUCUAAUCUCCCUUUUGGAUUGAGGGUUGUUCAGAAAGCUGGAGCUUGAGCUUGCCCCCAUCUUUUUCUCAAAACAGAGAUAUGGAAAGAUAAAAAUUCCUCUGACUUAGUGAUUUUUACAAGAGGAGCCCUCCAGACUUGCUCUGUUUGGGUUAAUUCUUGCUGGAAUCAAUGGAAUAGUACAAAGAGGCAAUGACCCUGCUUAGGAUCAAAGCCAGUAUUUUUAGAUUGCUUUCUUAUAUAAAAUACUUAUAUGUAAACCACUUCCUAUCUAGUCAACAUGCUCUAGCAUUUGCUUACAUUGCCAAAACACAGGCUAACAUGUACAAAGGAGUAAGCAAAGAUUUACUGACUUACGUGCUUUUUGAUGUUAAUUAAAAUUCAGCUCUGUAAGGGAUUCAGAUUUUGUUUAAAGGAUGGGCUGCUACUGCAGAAGUACUUGUUACAUGUCUAGGAUGCUAAAAAUUAUGUAUGGGAGUAUGUUUGUAUUACUUGUUUCUAGUAAGAAGAAAUGAUCGUAUUUUUAAUUGCAAAUUGUAUUUUUCCAACAAAAUCCUAAGAUUAUCUUUUAUAUUAGUUCCCAAAUUUUCAGGUGCUUAUUUAAAGUUAUUUUUAAGUGGGGAAAAUACCAAGUAUAUAAUUGAUAAUGUAUGAAUCUAAAAGCACAGACCUCUUUGCACUACUUCAAAUACCUGAUUAAAAAACACAUACAUAUUUCAUUAACUCCACUACUUACAUAUUUACUGUUGACUGUCUGGACUGUACAAAUAUUUACGUUUGUAUAGAUGCUGAAUAACUACUUUUCUUCAUAACUUGGAUCUGAUUCCACCAUCUGACAGGAACUAGUGUGGCAGUGAGAGCACUCACUGCUGGAAGACAAAGGAAGUGGGGAGCAGAGAAAACACUGGAACAGGAAAGCACAUCCUCUUCAAGCAUACAGCUCAGAGCAUCUUUAUUUCAAGUUUUUUGUCUUUGAGUGGCAGGAAAAAAAUGGAAUUGCUUAUUUUUUUUUUUCAUCGGUUGAUAAUUGAAACUUUUGACACUUCAACCAUCCAGACUGUGGUUGUUGAAAUUGAAUAUUUUGAAAACAGAAGGCUUUUCACAGACUCGUACAUAUUCUGCUUUUCGACCAAUCAUUAUAAAAGAACUGAAAAAAGAUUUUGCACAUUGCUUGGAGAACAAACAUUGGUUCUAGCUCUUAGUCUUUGCAAAGCUCCCACUAGACCCAGAGGAUCUUGACUGACACUGGUAAUUUUCAGCCAGUUAAAACAACUGGCCUGCAGGGUAAAAUGGAAAAAGGAAGUGGGCUGAACUGAUAUUUUUGGGGUAUCUUUAUUUGAAUACAUGGAUCUUUUUUAUUCAUUGUGGCUGAAUAUUUUAUUCAUUGUGGCAAUAAACAAAAGUGCAAACUAACUGCUUCCUGAUGCAGAAUGCUGCUCUGUUUAAAAGAGAGGACAGGGAAUAUCCCAGUGUUUUGUAGACUUCAAUUACCACAGAAGUGGUUCUACAGUUUGCCAACUCAGUGAAUGCUGUAUAAAAUUAUUUCUGGGGCUGUUUUAGGACACUUACCCUUCUAAAGACCUCACUAGUCUCUCUCUCUCUUUUUUUUUGUCUAUGUUAAUAUUUAAUCUGUAUGUUUAUAAUAAAAAGUGUGAACAGCAAAUAUUCCUCUUUUUUCCCCAAUUCCUUAUACUAAUGUUUAGCAGCAUCUCAAUGUGAGGAUCAAUUCCUACUUUUUCUCUGAGAAAAAAAAUACUGUUUCAUGUAGUGCUGUCUGUAGGGAAGUUAACUGCUGACUCACGGAGGAGACCCAUAAGGCUUCUCUGUGCAAGAUGCCUGCAGGUACUGCAGCACUCUGAAGAACUGCUUCAUCCUGUGCUCAUUCCCAGGCUUUGGUGUGUUCUGCAAUUGUGUGCAAUUCAUGUAAGAAUUCCAUGAGUUAACAGUUGAUAUGAAAGAAGAAGGAAAAAGAGAUGUCCUGGGACACUCUUCUAACGGUCACAGCUGUAUGUUGUUCCUCUAAAGCAUCCUCAGCCACUAUUUUGAUUGUUACAUCCAAGUUCACUGUCAUUGAAAAUACUGGUAAAAGCUAUUUUUUCAGUUCACUUAUUUGUAGAUAAAAGGCACACGUGGUUUAUAGUUG